AUGGCGCAUUUCAGUGCAAUCAGCAGUUUACUGUUAGUUAGCGUAGCAUUAAUUGUGAUAUCUUCAUUCGUAGUGAAACCAGCAGAUGGUUCGAAUAUUUUGGGGGUCUUUCUCAGUCCUUAUCCCUCGCAUCUGAUCGUGCAUAUGUCGGUGGUUAAAGCGCUAGCCGAAAAGGGACACAAUGUGACCGUUGUUAGUUUGUUCAAACCCAAAGUGAAUCAUAAAAAUAUAACCAACAUUAUUAUACCACCUUUGGAGAAGCAUCUGCCGAGUUAUCAAGCAGCGGUGGCACGUUUGGCCAAUAGCAAAACGACUGUUAUUGAACUGUUUGGAAGUCAAUUGACUUCCAAUCGGGUGUUGAUGGAUAUGCAGUUCGAUGCCUUACUGGACAAACGAUUUGUCGAACUCUAUGAAAACAAAGACAAUAAAUUCGAUGUGGCCAUAUUGGGUUUCUUCAUGAAUGAUUUCAAGUUGGUGGUUGGCGCAAAAUUCAACUGUCCGAUCAUAGUAAGUUGGAUGAACCAGCCUAUGGAGAUAGUUGACGAUCUGAUGGGCAAUCCAACAGAGCUCUCGUAUUUGCCGACAAUGGAGAUUUCCAUGAAAGUGGGAGAAGUCAUGAAUUUUCCAACGCGUGUUCGAAAUUUUUUUCUGACCACCGUUUUAAAAGGAAUUAGAUUGAUGCUAGAUCUAACAACGGAAACACACUAUAAUAAAUUCGUUGCCGCAGAUCCCACUCUACCCUCAUAUGAAUUUAUGAAGAGAAACAUUUCAAUUAUGUUUUGCAACAGCCAUUACAGUGAGGGCCCAAUAAGACCACUCACACCUGCAACGAUUCUCAUUGGUGGCAUACAAAUCAAGGAGAAACCAGAUCCACUCGCCAAAGAUCUUGCAAAAUUGCUUUCUGCCUCGCAGGAACACGGCGCAAUUCUCUUCAGUUUGGGCUCCUACAUUACAGACUCGCAUGUCAAACCCGAAACUUUACAAAUUAUUUACAAAGUACUUUCCUCGCUCAAACAAAAUGUGAUUUGGAAAUGGGAGAACUUGGCGCAUACACCGGGCAAUGCUUCGAAUAUACUCUACCAAAAAUGGCUGCCACAAGAUGAUAUACUCGCUCACCCUAAUCUCAGACUAUUCAUUACGCAUGCCGGCAAGGGUGGCAUUGCAGAGGCUACAUACCAUGGCGUGCCGAUGGUUGCAUUGCCGCUGUUUGUUGAUCAGCCCGGCAAUGCGCAAAGAAUGGUACAAGCCGGCUAUGGUAUACAGUUGGACAUAAAGAAACUCACCGAGCGUAUAUUUCGAAAUGCCAUCUCUGAGGUGCUCACAAAUCCCAGCUACGUAAAUAAAGUGAAAGCGUUCUCCAGGCUAUAUCGCGAUCGACCGUUGAGCGCCAAGGAAAGUGUAGUCUAUUGGACGGAAUAUGUGAUACGACAUCGUGGCGCUGCACACUUACAGAGUCCAUUGGUGAAAAUGAAUUACAUUCAAAGCGCAAAUUUGGAUGUAUAUUUGCUCUUAAUUGGCGCACUUUUCAUUAUUUUGAAGUUGCUCCAGCUAGCGUGGAGAUAUGUGAAGAAAUUUAAUUUAUUUGGAUAUGAACAUUCUGAAGUGCAAAAGUCGAAGAGAGAAUAAAUAAACAUUACUUCAG